AUGGGCAACACUGUAUCCCGUGUGGCCGGCUGGCUUCGAGAAAUAUUUCGCAACAGCGCACAGAAACACGAUGUCAAGGAGAACCCUACACUUGAGAAGAUGAAGAAACAUAUGAAAGACGAAGAUGACAGACCAGGAGAACAGGAUCCUCAAGAGCAGGGACGACAGUCCGGCGAGCAGCUUGUUGCAGACGAACAUAAUGAGAUGGCGGAGGGCGAGCACAACGAGGCAAACGAAAUGCCCGAGAAUAAGGAGGAGCCUGAUCAUCACGAGGAGCCGGAGAAGUGCGACGAGAUGCGCGAUGCGGACGAUCAGAAUGAGAUGGCAGAGGGCACGAGAAAGGAGGACAACGAGAUGCCGGAAGAUGGGCAGGCAGACAGCCUUGAGAAUCAGAAGCAGGAGUGCAAGGAAGAACAUGAGACAGAUAUUCAUGGUCAUACCUCUGGGAGAGACAAUAUGCAACCGCUCGAGAUAGAACUGGAGCCUGCGUUCCCUGCCGGAUCAUUACUAGACUUGGCAACGUCAGACGAGUUCUGGACGGACCAGGACGACUGGACAACACAAGACGCCCAAGCCUCAAUGACCAAGGCGGAUCAUGCAAAGGGCUUUAGUUUCUUUAACAGAAUAAUGUCGCGAGCGGAAUGGAGGCUACGACAAAAGUUCAACCCCAUCGUUCUUCCCACUCGAGAUAAAUUCGAAGAGACCUUGCGUCGUUUGGGCUACAAGGAAGGAUUUUGCCACUUUGCAGUCGCCGGCGGUGCGGGAAGUGGCAAGUCGUCACUUAUCAACUCUCUCCGCGGCCUACGCAAGAACGAUGCGGGCGCUGCCCCGGUCGGCACGACGGAGACCACAGACACCAUCACCCGCUACGACGAUUCCGAUGCCAGCCUCCCCUUCGUUUGGUAUGACAUCCCGGGAGCAGGAACGCUGAACGUGCCAGCGGAGCAGUACUUCAGUGACCAGGGCCUAUACAUCUUCGACUGCAUCAUCAUCCUGAUCGGCGACCGUAUGACGGAGAUCGAUAUAGACCUCAUUCGAAACUGUGCGCGAUUCAACAUACCAUCAUAUAUCGUGCGGUCGAAAACGAAUCAGCACGUUCGGAACAUCAUGGAAGAAGAAGACUGUUCAAAGGAAGAGGCUAUCAAGAAGCAUGAGUGGGACACGCGCGAGAGCGUCAAGAACAACCUGCAAAAUGCAGGAUCACCCAAUCAGCGAGUUUAUCUCGUUGAUAGAGAGCCUCUACGGCAUAUCAUGCGUGAAGAAGAGGCGAAGGAUGCAUACGACGAACUUGAUCUUAUUGCGGAAUUCAUGUUCGAAGCUCAGGUCAGACGCAUCAAAAGCAGGUGGGGUAUACGCGAUGUGGUGCGAACAGUGGCCCGCCACGUGCCCUUCCGUCUUGCCUCACCUGCGGCACUCCGUAUUCCUCCCCUGGAGCAGGAGAUUCCGCAUAGUGUUUAUCCUGCAGUCGCGCAGGAUUCACCAGCAUCCUCGUCGUUGCUCGAAUACCAGGACGGUGCGGCAUUCAGGAUGACUUUCGGAGGAAUGAUGCAGCUUCCGGACAGCGAGCUAAACCCGUGA